AUGGCAACCAACUUCACAAUUGAGCUGAUGAACGCCAGCGAUUUUCGGUUGAACCUACCUUCAUUUGUUCUUAUUACACUUCUCUUACCGUUCGGUGCUGUUGCCAAUGUCCUAACUCUCUUCUUUUUUGUGCGACGGGAAACGAGAAGAAACUUUCGCGUUCUUCUUAUCUUUCUCACAAUCAUUGAUCUACUUUGUUGCAUUCUGACGGCGCCUCUCAUCAUGGUCGAUCUACUGUUACCAAGAAUGCACCCGUCCAGAGCCCUGUGCAAAAUGGAGGUAUUUCUAGUGUAUUUUUGCAAUAUUUGUUGUCAUUUCACUCUCAUAGUCCUCGCAGCCGAAAGAUACAACUUCGUCUGCCGUCCAUCAAGAAGACAGUUAACUCUGUUCCAAACCAAAAAAUUAAUCGCUGCUGUUGUUGGUGUAUCUGUAUUCCUUUCCCUGCCUAUGUCUUUAGUCGUUGAUAGAAUCGGCUACCUAGUGUCCAAGGACAUCUAUGCAUACACUUGCAUGCACACAUUACCACCUCUCUGGUACAUCUAUGAAUGGACACUUUUUGCCAUAUUUUUUGGAUCGCUCAUUGUUAUCUUUACGCUUUACUAUCUCGUUUGGAAGACAAACAGGGCAGUCGAGCAAGAUGAGCAAGCCGAACCGAUCGAAAGCGGAAACACUGACCUACGAACCAAACAAAUUAACCGGACUCUACUGGGCAUCUCUAUUUUAUAUGUGGUCAGCCUUGCGCCAUAUAUAAUUAUGAAUAAUGUUUCGUGGUCCACGGAUCCUGAGUCUUGGGAAAGUUGGAUAAUGUUCCAAAUGUUCAUGAUCAACUUAUGGAUUGUCAAUUGCACUGGAAAGCCGGUCGUUUACGCUAUUUUUUAUACGAGAUUCCGCGAAUAUAUAAAAGGCAUUUUUCGACGAAGUCAAAAAGUCGUUUACGAAGAAAACGUUGCAGCCAAUGAAGCGGAAGACUAA